AACAGUCAGCACUAAGGCUCCUCCUACCCAUUCCGAGCCACACGUGGCCAAAGUUUACCGGCAAAAUUCAAAGGCUCCUGUCCCUCUGAGCUCAGUGUCCUCCCGCACGUCCCCAGAGACAGGUCAGCGAGGAUCCGAGGAUGAGUCGCUGGGGUUUAGCCACCGGGUUGUGGCUCUGGUUGAUGGCCACGGCUGCAUGCGGAGAGAGCUCGAAUCGUUGGCAGCAGAUUGAUAAUAAAUGUAAGGAGAAUGAAUUCUACAACUCAGAAGCAAAACGUUGCUGCUCCCUUUGUCCACCAGGAGAACAUCGAAAACUAUCUUGCACUUCUGAACGUGACACUGUCUGUAAACCCUGUCCACGCAGCAGAUACCAGGAGGAGUGGAACGAUUCAUUCGACUGCACUCUCUGCGUUGGGACAUGCGGAGAUCCUCUACGACAAGUUCAAAGCUGCUCCCCAAGGACAAGACAGAUCUGCGAGUGCAAACCUGGAAUGUUCUGCAAAACUAAGACCCUUAACUCCUGCCUGCAAUGUGUUAAACACAGCAGUUGUGAGGCAGGAAAAUUCCUGGUUCAAGCAGGAAAUUCCACAACAGACAACGUCUGCGAGUCCUGCCGUCCAGACACGUUCUCUGAAUUGAAGUCUCUUUCCACCAAGUGCCGGCCGCAUACCAAAUGUGCCAGGUUGUUAAAAGAAGGUACAGCAACCGAAGAUGCUGAGUGUGACAAAACUGUCAGCUCGAUAACCAACGUCCUCCGGCCCAGCACCAACCGGUCCAACGCAUCCACCUCCUCACCAGCCAGGCCCUACCCCCAUUCCACCACCCCAAGGCCAGGUCACCUGACAACGUUGUCCAUUGCAGUCACUGCUCCCAAAGGAAACAAACAGGUAGUCAACCUACUGUUGAUAGUUGGAUUGGUCCUGGCCUUCCUACUGAUUCUGGUCGUCUCCAGUUUACUGUUCAGCCGCAAGGACUAUUUCAAAAGUCUACUCUUAUCCAACAGAACUAAAGGUUCCAUCUACAUCAUGAGCCCACGCACUGUGUACGUCGGAGUGGAAACUGGCGACUGUGUCAGCCCCGAACAAAAAGAUCCCGUUGCCAAACCUGUGGACUCCCACAUUCACUUCCCUCAGCAGGAGUCAAUGAAGUCUCAGAGUACGGCAGAGACCCACACCUUCCCAGUGGAGGAGUCGGGGAAGGUUUUCCACGACCCAGAAGCUGCAGCGGACACACAGCUGGAGUAAGUUCAACGGUCACUGACUGAACAACCACUGGUGGACAAUGGCAGCUGAUGAGGUAUCUGGGUUUGCAGUGCUGAUCUCAUUAUUGUGGAGCGCAAGGAGAAUCCAAGGUCUUAAUUUUAUCAGACUAAAUGUAAACAUCGCCACGUAAAGAAUGAAGAAUCUCGGGCGUGUGUCUGCGUGUUGGACCGUCCGCAGCUGCCUACAUGGGUCUUCAUGCAGACGGUGACAUUUAUUGCUGGCUGUGAGAUCCUGGUACUGGGGAUGAGCCACCUCUGCAUUCCACAGUCACUAGACGUGUACGCUUUGAUUCUUGUGCUGAGAUCGGCACUUUGCUUGCAGUGGCCCGCCCCAGUAUCUGCUGUGAGCCCCCCAUCAUCAGUUCACUUGUGAGCGUCCCCCUCCCCUGUUACACACAAAGUAUCUUGGCACGGUGAGUGAGACCCCCUCUUGGUACUCAUGCUGAACCUCUGGUAUCAGUACUGAACCAUCUACAUUUUGGUGGUGAGCUGCUGGCUUUGGGUGUCCAGCCACCGAGGCUGUUUUAUAAUUGUUUCUCUACAGUUAGAUUUUAAAAGCAUCUUUUACAGACAUUCUUUGUAUGUCGCAGACUGACUUUUACAGCUGUGUGUCUGAUCGUUUGAACACUGGAUUUCAGGGGAGCUUUGAGAAAUAUGUUUUGAUCGAACUGUAUGUAAAGUAUGAGACAUGAUACACCUGACAUGUGCGUGUUGACCCUCUAACGGCUAGUGGGGGGCUUGUAUCAAUGUGCAAAGCAGCAAUGGCCCAAAUGUGCGUGUACAGAUCCGGGGGUAGACAAAAAUGCUGGAGAAACUCAGCGGGUGCAGCAGCAUCUAUGCAGCGAAGGAAAUAGGCAACGUUUCGGCCCGAAACCCUUCUACAGACAUGGUUGUGAUUCUAUUGUUGUCAACGCCCCCUAGUGGACGAGUGCACAAAUACAAAAUGUGUCGGAAUGACCUGCAGAUGCUGGUUUACACACACAAAAUACUAGAGCUGUCCCACACAAAUAAAAAAAUGUCUUGUUUCUGGCAGCAAAUGUUUAACUGCUUAAUCAUGAGUUUUCUUUUGCUGAAUGUCUGAGCGUAAUCCUGAACGGUGCUGUCGUGAUAACUGGUGACAAGAAUGAGUGAAGGCAAACCAGAAUGUUUUCUGAAGUAACUUGUGAUUUUUUUUUCCGAACGAUUUUCUUUCGGAAUGUGAAAAAAGCUUUGAUUGUCGAGAUCGGGUGAAAUUUCUUUCCUUUGUACUUGUACAUUUUCUCUUGAAAUAGUCAAAUAAAGCUGGCCACAAUUGUUACUUUAAAUUCUUAUCAUUGUUCAGCUGGGUUCAAUUUGUAAACAAAAUUGAAAAAUACUCUUUUGCCCCAGAAACUGUGGAAGAGUCAAUUAUUUCGCAUUA